AUGGCAAGACAGGGCAAAGUGAAGAUUGUACAUGUUCUGCGAAAUCCAAAAGAUACAAUAGUGUCUUAUUAUCAGCAUUACAAACGAGUAGGAAGACCGAUCUAUGAAGGAGAUUUCAACGGAUUUUUUGAUUUCUGUCUAUCAGAUGAGAAUGCACUGUUUGGUGGAAAUUGGUUUUCGUACUUCAGGGAAUGGGAGGAUGCCAAAUUGACACAUCAGAACGUAAAGGUUCUCUCCCUGCGAUAUGAAGAUAUUAAACAGAAUCUGUAUGACACCAUCAACAUACUGGUAGAAUUCCUCCAGCUUGAUCGACCAGAAUCAUUUUUGCGUGACGUGGAAAAAGCAGUUCAAUUUGAAAAUCUUCAGAAGGAACAUGAAACAAUGGCAGGAGAAACGAAGAUCUGGAAAGAUCUCGGAGACCGUGGAAGAUUACCAAUUUAUUGGAAAGGAUGUAUUGGUGAUUGGAAAAAUUACUUUACAGUUGCGCAAAACGAAAGAUUUGAUGCAGUAUAUGACAAAGAGAUAAAGGAGCAGGGUAUUGAUCUCCAAUUUUCCUAUGAAUGAUACAUGACACGCAUGGUGAGUCUGUGCGAUGGAGAAUGUACAAUUAUAUACAUUUUAA